AUGAAGCUUGUAGUGGGUUCCCCGGACGCCACCAAUGGAACAUCCAGCAGUGAUGAAACACUGGACCCUGUGACAUCUGACCCGGAAGACCAGUGGCUCACCUUUGACGCAGAGGGCAGCACGGAUGAGAUAGAGGGCAGUACUACGGAGGCCAGCGCUGCUGAGGACAGUACUACAGAGGGCAGCGCUGCUGAGGGCAGUACUACAGAGGGCAGCGCUGCUGAGGGCAGUACAAAACACUCCACUUCGGGACAAGAAGACGAAGGGGAGCUGUUUGACGACAAUCUUAAACCUAACUUGAACCUCCGCCCCAGUCCAACUCCUCGCCCUAGUCGAAGCAGCACAGAGGAGGAUUAUGAAAAGUAUGACUAUGAUUCAACAGAGGAAGAUGAGGAGGGCCUGAUCCUGGAUACCGAAAGCCCCACCACAGAGUUUGUCCCCACUGCAGAGUUCGUCCCCACCACAGAGUUCGACCCCACCACAAAGUUCGUCCCCACCACAGAGUUCGUCCCCACCACAGAGUUCGUCCCCACCACAGAGUUCGUCCCCACCACAGAGUUCGUCCCCACCACAGAGUUCGUCCCCACCACAGAGUUCGUCCCCACCACAGAGUUCGUCACCACCACAGAGUUUGUCCCCACCACAGAGUUUCCGAUGGAUUUGGAGGAUGUUAACGCAAUCCUUGACCCUAACCCCAGCCCCAGUCCUUAUCCAACUCAUGACGCUAGUACCACAACAGAGCUAGAGGAGCUGGAGGAUGAUAUAUUCAGCCCAGACUUCGUCCCCAGCCCUAGUCGUGUAUCGGACCCCAGCCCCAGCCCCAGCCCCAGCCAUAGUCCCAUCUCAGAGUUAGAAGAAGAAGACCUGUUACCUCUUAGCCUUGAUCCAAGCUUUAUUACCACCUCCAGACCUAGCCAAAGCCUCGGGACCAGCCACACACCUAGUUCUAACCUAACCAGUAUGACAGGCUUGGAGGAAGGCAGGGCUGCAAAGAUGAAUACAGAGCUGGCCUCCACCUCAACCACCCGUUCUGCCGUACCUACAACAGUCAGGAUGAAUGCAGAGAUGGAAGGGUCGGGGUCAGGAUUCCUGCCUCAGAGUAGCACCACAGUAGCAGCCCCUGCUGGUGAGGAGGACCAAAUAUACAAUCCCCUAGUCGAAAAGCCAUUAAUUGAAAUGAAGACAAGAAUUCAAGACACCAAUAGGCUUGCUCCAUCACGGGAGGAACCGGCAGUGGAUACCACAACAGGUACAGUACUGUUUAUCCAGGAGAAGUGUACCAAUAUUCUUGUGUUCAUAUUGGGUGGCAUUCAGAAUUGAGAUCCUAGUACUUUACUGAUACUUCUUGCGUAAAUCAUUAAUCGAUGUCAAUGGAAGGCUUGCACAAAUGUAUUGGGUUGUGGAGUCUGAAUACGCCCCAUUGUAUCUGUUAGCAGAGUGGGCUAGGGAAUGUCCAUUGCUAUAAUAGUCAGCACUAUGGCAGGUCUCUUAUCUACUCUAAUGAGAACAUAACGUUUUCUUGUUCGCAUUGAACAAAUCUCUUUGAGUGUAUAUUGUAGUUGCCACCUUGUAGUUAAUCUAUCUCUGUUUCCACAGUUCUUCAUGAGGGAGCUGCUGUAAAACCAACCCCAUCAGGACAACAUGAUUCAUAUACAUCAGGUCAGUUCCUGAAUCAUACAUGCCCAGCUAUGAAGAUAUACUACUGUUACACCAGGAAACAUUCCGCUCCUUUUUCCAGUUUCAAUUUGAAGACAAUGUUUUGUGAACAUAUUAGGGGACCAGUAGACCAUUUACAUUUUAGUCAUUUAGCAGACGCUCUUAUCCAGAGCAACUUACAGUUAGUGAGUGCAUACAUUUUCAUACUGGCCCCCCGUGGGAAUCGAACCCACAACCCUGGCGUUGCAAGCGCCAUGCUCUACCAACUGAGCUACACUCACUGUCUGCUUCUUCUCCUCCAGGUUGGUUGGUCAUCGUUGCCAUCGUCGCGGGCGUGGCGGUCUUGGUCGUAAUCUGUGUCGCCAUAGGUACCAGAGACAGGUAAAAUCCACCACUUUCAAACCCAUCCUGCAAAAUAUGUUCAUGAGAUUGAAUCAUGUUGUCAGUUAGUUACAACCAUGGAAUUAAACCAUGUCAAAUCGCCUUGCAGGUGGAAUGCACCAACCCAGGCAUCUGAGAAGAAUGUCGCCAGAGCGAGCUCAGGAGAUGAGAAGGCGGAGCGGGAAAUGGAGAGGUUUCUGUCUAAAGAGAGGCCAAGGGAAAACGGCCACGGUGGAGAGUACACUGUUAUACCUCUGGAGGACCUCCCAGAGAAAGAGCCGCUGGACUGAGACGGGCCAAGGAGAUGCAGAACGGGGACAAAAUAAGAACAAUUGAGACCAUAGAAAUAGAAUGGGUCUCCCCAUUCUAGUCAAUGAUGGUAUAA